UGUAAUGUGUGAAAAAAAUUUACUGAGAUUUUGUUCAUUUCUAUUUUUUUAAUACAAUCAGUUGAAUCAGACAGACGACGAAACGUGGCCACAUUAAAACGGCGCUUACAAUUAACCGAAAUGUGGUUAAUGCUGCUGCUGCUGCCGCUUGCGCUGCCGCUCAGCUGCGCGCUGCUGUGCAGCUGCUCGGCCUGCCUCUGCCAGCGCUAUGUGGAGCUGCUGGAGCAUCUGUUCAGCUACAGCUCGCAGCAGCUGCAAGCGCUGCAACGCCAGCAACCGGCAAUCGAUGAAUAUUUGCGCGAGGAGCAGCAACAUCGCUUGCAAUUUCCUCGCGCAUUGGCGCAGCUGGGUCAGGCCAAGCGCGGCCGCACGCCCGCUGAGCUGGGGGCGCGCAUUGGACAGUGCUGCGAUUUGAUUGCCGAGGGACUGCAGCUGGUGCUGGAGGAUGAGGUGACGCCGCGUUUUGCUGCCGCAGCGCCGCCCGCUGGGGAAUGGAAUCUGCUGACGCGCAAUUUGCGCCAGCAGAAGCGACAGCUCAGCUGGCGACUGCAGCUGCUCUGGCUGCUGUCGCUGCUGCUGCGCUACACGCUGCUGGUGCCGCUGCGCUGCUUGGGCAUCGGCGGCUGCAUUUUGCUGGUGACGCUGCUCACCGCGCUGCUCGGUCAGCUGCCGAAUCGCUGCAGCUGGAAGCGCUCGCUGGUGCAGCGUGUGCUGCGUCAAUGUUUUCUGCUCUCCACCUGCUUCAUUCCGGUGGUGCGGCGCAUUCACAACGCCCAGCAUCGGCCACAGUUUGGCAUCUGUGUGUGCAAUCACACGAGUCCACUCGACGUCAUUGUGCUGAUGUGCGAUGUGCACUACUCGCUCACUGGACAGCGCCAGGACGGCAUCCUGGGCAUCAUACAGCGUGCGCUGGUGCGCGCCUCGCCUCAUCUGUGGUUCGAGCGCAGUGCGCUGCUGGAUCGCCAGGCGCUGUGCCAGGCGCUGCGUCUGCACGCCGCCGACAGCAAUGAGCCGCCCAUUCUGCUGUUCCCGGAGGGCACCUGCAUCAAUAACACGGCCGUCAUGCAGUUCCGCAAGGGCGGCUUUGCCAUCUGCAAUGUCGUCUACCCAGUCGCCCUGCGCUAUGAUCGUCGCUUUGGCGACGCCUUCUGGGACAGCACACGCUGCUCGAUGCUGCGCUAUUUGCUGCUCAUUAUGUCCUCCUGGUCCAUCACCUGCGACGUCUGGUAUAUGCCGCCGCAUCAGCGUCUGCCCAGCGAAUCGGCGUUGGACUUUUCGCGACGCGUCAAAGCGGCAAUUGCCGCUCAAGCCGGCAUCGAUGAUCUGCCCUGGGAUGGCAACCUGAAGCGCUCCAACCCUGUGCGCGACUGGCAAUAGUUUCGUAGUUUACUUUCAGUUUCGUUCACUUCAAAUUUCCGUUUGUUUUCAGUUUACGUUUGGCAAUAAACACAAUUAACUCUUA